CACUGGGUCUUCGUUGCUGCGCACAGGCUUUCUCUAGUUGUGGGAAUAGGGGGCUACUCUUCACCGUGGUGCGCGGGCUUCUCAUUGCGGUAGCUUCUCUUGUUGCGGAGCAUGGGCUUUAGACGCGUGGGCUUCAGUAGUUGUGGCACUCAGGCUCAGUAUUUGUGGCUCACAGGCUCUAGAGCGCAGGCUCAGUAGUUGUGGUGCACGGGCUUAGUUGCUCCGUGGCAUGUGGGAUCUUCCCAGACCAGGGCUCGAACGUGACCCCUGCAUUGGCAGACGGAUUCUUAACUACUGCGCCACCAGGGAAGCCCAAAUUUAUUUUUUUUAAAAAAGAAAGUGAACACUGUGAAAAUUAUAAACGUUUAUACCCACGCAUGUUAUUGUUAUUAUUUUGUCUUUUGUUAUUGAUUUCCGAGUGUGGACAUUCUAGGUGAUGUAAAGCAUACAAAAUGAGUAAGACCUGGUUAAGUCCCUCAAGUUCCUUAAUAUUUGGUUAAAAUAGUCUCUGUCUCCUUUUCUCUCUAUUGCCAAAGGCAACUGCUUUCAACAACUGCAAAUAAGGCCAGACUGUUUUUCCCCCAGCGAUCUCAAUCUAUAGUUCAGUGAGCUGGUCAUUAGGGCAGCACAGAGACAUGAAAUGCAAGGAUGACCCUUCCAAUCAGCCGUGAUCUUUUAAAUCUCCUAUCCUGGCCCCUAUUUUAUAUCCCCAAUGAAGUCCCAGGCUCACUGUUCCCUAAUGCAACUUAACCUGACGACAAACAGUUAUCAGGAUUUACUUAGUUCCAAGCACAGGGCUAGCUUCUAAGGACACGAUGAUGAACACAAAACAAUUCCUGUCCUCAAAGAAUUUACUAUUUACUAGAGACAACAGACUGAUAGAUUUCAGAUCACAAUGCAGUGUAGUUAAGUGCUGCGGAUAAUUACACUCCAAGUCCUACAGUUGUUCAGCAACUUUUUGAACACCUGGAGUGAAAGAGAAUUUACUGUCUUCCAAGCUAUGCCUUUCUACAAUGGGAUAGUUCCCAUGCAUUCAUUAAACAAAUCAUUCUUGAACACCUGCUGAGUCAGGCACUGGGCUGGCACUGGGGAUACAGGCAAGGUUCCUGUCCUUAUGGAGUUAGAAUCUGGUAAGAGAGACAAAGAAGAAACAAAAAGCUAAGAUAUGAUGUAAUUUCAGGCAAUGAUAAAGGAUAUAAAGAAAAAUUAAGCGGGAUAAACAGAUAGAGGUGGGAUGGGGAGGGGGAAAUUAUUUUAGAGAGGGUGGCAGGGAAGUCCUCUUGGAAAGGGUGACAUUUGAGCAGAGACCUUCAUGAAGUAAGGGAACAAACCGUGUGAAGAAGAAGGGCAUGGCAAGCAGAGGACACAGCAAAUGCAAAACCCUGAAGCUGAAUGGUCUUAGCAUGUUCAAGGCACAGCCGGGAGGCCACUGGAGCUGAAGCGGAGUGCCUGUGGGGAAGCAGGGCAUGCGGUGUCAUCACACGUAGGUGGGGGUUAGAUUGCGGGUCAUGCAGGGGCUGUGGGCCAACGUGAGUAGUUUGGGUUUUAUUCUAGGUGAUUGGGGAAAUCAUUGGAAGGUUUUAAAGCAGGGAGUGAUGUGAUCUAAUUUCAUUUACAGAGCAUUUCCGCGUGCAUUCCCUCCUUGGAGGCUCCCCACAAGCUAAGACCAGCGAGAACUAGAAUUCUCAUGUUGCCGAGGAGGAAACUGAGGCUCACAUUGACUCGGUCGCUGACCCGGGCUCCUACGAUUAGUGACGGAGCUGGAACUAGCAAGCCCGUGUCUUCUGACUCCCAGUCUCUUAUGCAGCAGCGCUUCUUCAUAUUCAGUUAGAAGUGAUGAAUUGAGCAGUCGAUCGUGUUCCUUUCGGGGACCCCAUCAGAGCCAGGGGCCCAGAGUCUGGGUUGAGUGUGCACGCUGCCAUUCAGCCUGGGACCGGGGAGCUCCAGUGCCUUCCUAGAGUGUCCAGGGGCCACAGUGUUGGUGUGUUUGUGUGUCCUCUCUCUGCCCAGGUGGAUGAAGAAACCCCGAUGUGGCGUCCCUGAUCACCCGCACUUGAGCCGAAGGCGGAGAAACAAGCGCUAUGCCCUGACGGGACAGAAGUGGCGGCAGAAGCAUAUCACCUACAGCAUUCACAACUACACCCCAAAGGUGGGUGAGUUAGACACGCGGAAAGCUAUUCGCCAGGCUUUCGAUGUGUGGCAGAAGGUGACCCCGCUGACCUUUGAAGAGGUGCCCUACCAUGAAAUCAAAAGUGACCGGAAGGAGGCCGACAUCAUGAUCUUCUUUGCUUCUGGCUUCCAUGGCGACAGCUCCCCGUUUGAUGGCGAAGGGGGAUUCCUGGCUCAUGCCUACUUCCCUGGCCCAGGGAUCGGUGGAGACACUCACUUUGAUUCAGACGAGCCGUGGACAUUAGGAAAUGCCAACCAUGAUGGGAAUGACCUCUUCCUGGUGGCUGUGCAUGAGCUGGGCCACGCGCUGGGACUGGAGCACUCCAACGACCCCAGCGCCAUCAUGGCACCCUUCUACCAGUACAUGGAGACACACAACUUCAAGCUGCCUCAGGAUGAUCUCCAGGGCAUCCAGAAGAUCUACGGACCCCCCGCAGAGCCCCUGGAGCCCACAAGGCCCCUCCCCACACUCCCCGUCCGCAGGAUCCACUCACCGUCUGAGAGGAAGCAUGAGCGCCAGCCCAGGCCCCCUCGGCCGCCCCUGGGGGACCGGCCAGCCACACCGGGCGCCAAACCCAACAUCUGUGAUGGCAACUUCAACACGGUGGCCCUCUUCCGGGGCGAGAUGUUUGUGUUUAAGGAUCGCUGGUUCUGGCGUCUGCGUAAUAACCGGGUACAGGAGGGCUACCCCAUGCAGAUCGAGCAGUUCUGGAAAGGCCUGCCCGCCCGCAUAGACGCAGCCUAUGAAAGGGCUGAUGGAAGAUUUGUCUUCUUCAAAGGUGACAAGUACUGGGUGUUUAAGGAGGUGACAGUGGAGCCUGGGUACCCCCACAGCCUGGGGGAGCUGGGCAGCUGUCUGCCCCGAGAAGGCAUUGAUACAGCUCUGCGCUGGGAACCUGUGGGCAAGACCUACUUUUUCAAAGGCGAGCGGUACUGGCGCUACAGCGAGGAGCGGCGGGCCACGGACCCUGGCUAUCCCAAGCCCAUCACCGUGUGGAAGGGCAUCCCCCAGGCUCCCCAGGGGGCCUUCAUCAGCAAGGAAGGAUAUUACACCUACUUCUACAAGGGCCGGGACUACUGGAAAUUCGACAACCAGAAACUAAGCGUGGAGCCAGGCUACCCGCGCAACAUCCUGCGUGACUGGAUGGGCUGCAACCAGAAGGAGGUGGAGAGGCGCAAGGAGCGGCGGCUGCCCCAGGACGAUGUGGACAUCAUGGUGACCAUCAACGACGUGCCAGGCUCUGUGAAUGCAGUGGCCGUGGUCAUCCCCUGCAUCCUGUCCCUCUGCAUUCUGGUGCUGGUCUACACCAUCUUCCAGUUCAAGAACAAGGCAGGCCCUCAGCCUGUCACCUACUAUAAGCGGCCAGUCCAGGAGUGGGUGUGAGCAGCCCAGAGCCCUCUCUGUCCACUCGGUCUGGCCAGCCAGGCCCUUCCUCACCAGGGUCUGAGGGGCAGCUCUGGCCACUGCCCACCGGGGCCAGCAUGGCCCUAGGCCAGGGGUCAUGUAGCUGAAGUGGUGGUGCAUUGGCCUAGGCUGAGCAUGGGGCAGGGAGUGAUGGCAGCUGUGCCCCAGGGUGGGUGUCUGGCACCCAGCUGCCAGCCUUCUGUCCUGGGUAAACUGCUCCCUACUCAAGGGAAUAGGCCAGGCCCCAUCAGGAGGCAGGGACCAUGCCAGGAGGAGGCCCAUGGUCACUGCGCCCUGUGGCGUCCAUGAGGCACCACAGCACCAUCUGUACCUGGCUGGACCCAGCACCUGCUGUGGGAAGCCAGCGCUAGCGCUCUCAGCCCCAUCUGGGAGAUGCCACCAGUCCUGGUCCCCCAUUGCCAACACCUGCUGGUCAGAUGUCCCCCCACCCCUACCCCACUGUCCUCCAAGGCUACAGGACCCCUGCUGCCGACACAGUGGGCAACAAGCCUGGGUUUCCUCUGCUGGCAACAGCAGAUCCCUCAGGAAACCUGCUCCACAUGUCAGAGUCUCCUCUGAGACCCAGGAUUUAGGGUCACAUGCUGCAGGCAGGGCUGUGGCCCAGCUGGGUCUGACAAGGACCCAGCUGUCAUGUCGUGAAUAUUUCAAUGUCCUGUCACUAUUGUUUAAAGUCCCAUUCUGCAAAGGCUGCUUGAGGCUUUAGGUGAAUUAGAGGUGACUGUCUUGGUGAUGAGGCCAGCCCUCCCCCCCAGCGAUAAGGACCAAGGUGCUGUUAAGGCCACUCUAGUGCCCAGACACGCCAGGAGCUGGGCCCUGCUAAUGAGGCUGAAGGGCUGGAGCAGGAGCUGACCCCAUCUCUGGAGGCUGAUCUGAGUUUGUAGCUGUCCUCCACUCUCCCGUUCCUCUCCCCAUCCCCCAAGUCCCUGGCCCUGCUCCAGCCUGUCGCUUGUGGCCUGAGGACUCAGCCUGACUAGUGAGGUGAGACGGAAAUAGCUCUGGGCCAACAUUCUCACGGCCUUGGGGCAAGGGACCCAGGGCAGCCUUCUGAAGUGCUCAGAGCCCACAUCCCUAGCUACCCUGAGACCAAUUCAAUCUCUCAGCCCAGAAGCAGUGUUUAUACCAUGAGCUUGGCCCCUGCUAACCCAGCUCUCUGGGCCCAUCACCCUGCAUUGCUCUUCGGAAAAGGGCAGCCACAACUGGUAAGAACCCCAAGCCUAGGGGCCCGCCCCUCACUGUCUCUGGCAGGAAUUCCUAGGGCUCGGCUUGCCUCACGCCAACCCAGUAAGAGGCAGCCCUGCUUGUCACUAAGGAGCCGGAGGCAAAACCAAUGGGUUCAACUAAGUCCACUGGCUCCCUGCCAAAUCCAAGCUGAGUUGUCAGUCUUCAGGGUGCCGGCAGGGCCUCUAAGCCUGCAUGGGCCUUGCCCCCACCCCGUGGCCUCUGGGCUUUGAGUCUGCUUAACCUGUAGCAGACAGGGACUCUGGGAGCUGUCUUGAGCAAAAUCUCUCAUCCCAGAGACACCUAUAUGGGUCCACUGUGUUCCCCGUCAUCAUCCUUGUUUUUUCUCAUUUUGGCCAAGGGCGGGCUCCCUGGGGCGGGUGGGGAACAACUGCAGAGAUAUUAGUGAUUCAUAGGUUUGUACAGUGUUUUAUACUUUGCAAAGCACUUUAUUAGCUCACCCCUGUCCGCUCACAUGUAACUCAUGCAGUCCCUGGGAGGCCAAGGAUAACUCUCACUGUGCCCUCAAAUGAA